AUGCAACCUAUUUCUCUUGACGAGGAGGAGGGAGGUUCCAGCGGUGGAGACCGAGGAAAAGAUAAUCCUGGACUCAAUUCUGUUAAGACAUCCCAAAGACUUAAUCAGAUUGACUGUGUUCGAGCCAACGGGGUUGGCGAUCAUAUCGCGUUGCCACAGUUGGCUGUAUGUGGUGACCAGUCGGCGGGCAAGAGUUCUGUUCUGGAAGGUAUCACGGGAUACCCCUUUCCCCGAAAGGAUGGACUCUGUACACAGUUUCCCACCGAGAUAGUGCUGCGUCAUGACACUGAAGUCAGCUCGAUGACUGCGAGCCUUCUCCCGAGCGCAUCCCGUUCCCCCGAGGAGAAGGAGAAGUUUGCAGCGUUUCAUCGAGAAUUUCGAGACUUCAACGAGCUGCCGACUAUUAUUCGCGAAGCCUCAUUCAUGAUGGGGGUUCGAGGUUUCAAUGAAUUUGCCGACGCCCCUGGAUUCGCUGCAGAUGUUCUUCGACUUGAAUUAGUUGGGAACACCGGACUUCAUUUGACUCUUGUUGAUCUACCGGGCCUGAUAUCGGUUGCCGAGGAUGACGAAGAUGUUGAAAUCGUGCAAGGGCUGGUUGAUUCGUAUCUUGAGAGCUCCCGCACGAUAAUUCUUGCUGUUAUUCCGGCCAGCAGUGACGCAGAGACACAACGUAUCAUCCAGCGUGCGAGGCAUUUUGACAAGGAAGGCGUGAGGACAGUGGGUAUCAUCACUAAGCCCGACCUUAUCAACAAGAACACCGAAGAGAGAGUUGCGCGACUGGCAAAAAAUCUCGAUCGCACCAAGUUAAACCUUGGCUUCUUCCUCGUCAAAAACCCCUCUCCGGAUGAAUUAGUGGCUGGGUCAACGUUGGAAGGCCCAAGGAAUCGUCCUACACGAAUUGGUAUCGCCAAUCUACGUUCCUUUCUGGAGGAUCUCUUGGAUAGCCAUAUUGAGCGAGAAUUACCCAAGGUUCAGCAGGAGGUUCGACGUUUAUUACAACUGGUGGAUGAGGAGAUCGAUAACCUUGGGAUCGAGAGGUCAAAUGCAGGGCAAGUUCGACUAUUUCUCACACACAUCAGCACUGAAUUCCAUGCCAUUAUCAAGAAUGGCCUUGAGGGAAAUUAUGAUGGUCGGGACGGGGACUUUUUUGCAGACAGUUCUCCAGGCACUUGCCGUCUGCGUGCUGUAAUUCAUCGAGAAAACGAGCGUUUCGCCGACUACAUGAGGAACCACGGUCAACGGAGAAAAAUCGUCACUGCUCAUGGCGACGGUGAAGACAUGGAUGAUUCAACAGAAGAAAUUGUGAAAGACCAAAACGAGGAACUUUUGGUGACACAAGAAGAGAUGUUUUCUUGGAUUAGAGAGAUGUACCACGAAUCCAGAGGUCGGGAGCUACCAGGGAACUACAACCAUUCUCUACUUCAGCGCUUGUUUCACAUUCAAUCGUGUCGCUGGAAUGAAAUUGCUCGACGUCACAUUGAGUCUGUCGUGAAAAUGGUGACUCAAUUUGUGCACCGGGCCUUGAAUUUCGUGGUCAAAGACGCCGGUGUCGCGAGACACGACGAAGCGAAAGCAAGCAUUCAAGCAUCCGUCAAAAGAGCAGCUGAAUCGGAUUGGGGCGGCAGUGUCCACUUCAGCAACUCUCCUUAUGAAAUGGAUCGAAUGAUUUCGUCUCUACAGAAACGUGUGGAGGUGAAUAUGGUUGAGAGAGCUUGCUCCGAGGUAUUGACCGACCUAAAUGCGUAUUAUAAGGUUGCGAUGAAAACAUUUGUGGACAAUGUGUGCCGCCAAGUGAUUGAAAGGCAUAUUCUGGCCAAGUUGGGCGGAGCAUUUCAUCCAACAGUUGUCAGCAGUUUCUCAGAUGAGGAGCUAAUACGUCUGGCUGGCGAAUCGCUACAAACCACCCGCCGACGUACUGAGAAACUGCAAUUGAAACGGAGUCUGGAGGCAAGUCUUCAAGAGCUAUCCAUUUAG